AUGCCGUCUCCAUUUGAAGACCGCGCGGACAUCCGCGCAGACGUAAUCCCGACCGCGGUACAUCUGUGCAUCGGCAGUGCUGCUGGGGCCCUACCGCAGGCAACACAAUACUUUCCACCGGGCGGCACCUCCACUCGUAAACAUCGGGCGGGACGAGCGCUAAUUCCGCGCGCCCUCUCCCGGGGAGCCCCGUUUCACAUAAAUUUGUCAUAUUCGCACGCAACCCCCCGGCGGUCGGUGCCAAGUCUUAAACGGGCGGAAGCCGGCGCGAGCGAUGCUGUC